AUGACUCUUUUACAUUUUAUUAAUUGUUCUUUACUUGGAUAUGCUCCUUAUAUUAUUGUUUUUAAGUAUAGUGGAUUGAAUGAAUAUACAAAUAUAUGGAUGCCAAUACAAGCAGGAGUAAUAUAUUUUUUGUUUCAAUUUAUAAAAUUAAUGAUUAUGGCAACAUUCUUUCCCGAUAAUACAAGUAAUUUUUUAAUUGUACCAAUUGAUAUUUCAAAAUCUAUUACAGAUAUUUUUGAUUUAGUUGGGAUAUAUCUACUUAUAAUUCAUUUUUUCAUUGGAAAACCAGAAGUUAGAUGUUUAUCUGUUGGUUUAGGAUGGUCAUUUGCACACUCUUUUGCUAAUUAUUUUCCAAGUUUUAUACUAGAUGCAAGAAGAAUAUCAUUUGAUUACAAAUAUAUAUAUUCAGCAAUUCAAAAAAUGAUAUUGUGGGCAUAA